AUGGAUUCAAAUUACGAUCAACAGCAAGGUUCUUCUGGCGGUGGUGUUUUUGGUGCAGUUGAACGUGGUAUUGGUGAUGUUGAAGGUAAAUUUCGUGGUAUGGAAGAAAAACAUGAAGAACAUGAAGCUGAAAAAUAUGAAGGUCGUGAAGCAAAAGAUGCCUACAAAGAACAGCAAGAUUAUUCGCAAGGAAGACAGUAUUAA